AUGGCGAAUUACGAGAAGGAUUCCCACAGCUUGGAAUCCUUGGAAUUGGAGCCUCAGAGAAGGUUACUAUCGUUUAUGUUGUCCAAAAAGGUACCGCCGUUACCGUUAGAUGAAGAACGAAAGCUUUUUCCAGAAAAGAGGGUAAACAUUCUAUCGAGAAUAUUUUUUUUGUGGUUGUUUCCUGUGUUGAAUACGGGAUACAAGAGGACUUUGAAACCUGAAGACAUGUUUAAGCUUACAGAUGAGAUUCGGAUUGAGACGAUGUACGCCAAAUUUUCUAAUAUUUUGGAAGAGAGCUUGAAGAAAGCGAAACAGAAGCAUAUUUUGGAAAAGUGCAAGGAAAGAGGAGAAAACGUAGAGAACAGUUCUAUAGACGAAGAAGACGAUAUGAAAGACUUCAAGCUUCCUAAACCGCUUACAGUUCUUGCUAUUUUGAAGACAUUUAAAUGGCAAUAUCUUAAGGCGUGUUUUUAUUUGGCAUUGGCCAAUGGUGGGAUGACUGCGAACCCAUUGCAAACAAAGAAAUUAAUUUCGUACGUGGAAAUGAAGGCUCUUGGCUAUGAAACAGGAAUAGGCAAAGGUCUUGGAUAUUCGUUUGGUAGUGCAGGUGUUGUAUUAGUGUCUGGUAUUUUGAUUAAUCACUUUUUCUACAAUUCAAUGUUGACUGGUGCAGAGGCUAAAGCAGUGUUAACUAAGGCUAUUUUAGACAAAUCAUUUAGAACUAAUGCAGAAACAAAGCAUAAAUACCCAGCGGGUAAGGUAACUUCGAUGAUGGGAACUGAUUUAGCAAGAAUCGAUUUCGCGAUUGGAUUUCAACCGUUCUUGUUUACGUUUCCAGUGCCUAUUGCUAUAGCUAUUGGGAUCUUGAUUUAUAAUGUUGGUCCAACUGCUCUUGUGGGUAUUGGAUUAUUAUUUGUUUUUAUGUUGGCAAUUACCAUUUCCACUAAGAAAUUAUUUGAAUAUAGAUCUAAAGCCAAUUCCUACACUGAUUCUAGAGUUGAUUAUAUUAAGGAAGUUUUGAAUAACUUGAGAAUUAUUAAGUUUUAUUCAUGGGAGCCACCGUACCACGAAAACAUUUCGAAUAUUAGAAGAGAAGAAAUGAAAAUCAUUUAUAGAAUGCAAGUUCUUAGAAACAUUAUCGUAUCUUUCGCUAUGUCAAUGACUCUCUUUUCAUCAUUGGUUACUUUCCUUGUUUUGUAUGCUAUUAAGUCAAAUGACAGAGACCCAGCGUCUAUUUUUUCGUCUAUUUCGCUUUUUAACAUUUUAUCGCAACAAGUGAUCAUGUUGCCGAUGGCUCUAGCAACAGGUGUCGAUGCGUUCAUUGGUUUACAAAGAGUGGGUACAUAUUUGGCAUCUGGAGAAAUCGAUGAGGAAGCGAAUAGAAUCGAGGCAAGAGGCGAGAUGUUGGCUUUAAUGGAAAAGUCAAACACAUCUAUUGAAAUUAGAAAUGCUUCUUUCGAAUGGGACACAUUUGAAGACGAGGAAAGUUCGGCUGACGGUGAAAAUAAAGAGGUUACUUCUAAUUCUAGUGAGAACUCCGACUCUUCCAAGGAACUCACUCAAAGUCUUUCUAAAUCCAAUUCAUCAGAAGAGAUAUCCUUUCCAGGAUUGAGGGACAUUAAUUUGUCUAUUAAAAAGGGGGAAUUUAUUGUUAUCACCGGUUUGAUAGGGUCAGGAAAAUCGUCCUUAUUAAGUGCUAUGUCUGGAUUUAUGAGAAAGUCCUCUGGUGAGAUUAAUGUUAAUGGUUCAUUGUUAUUAUGUGGUUACCCUUGGGUUCAGAAUGAAACCGUUAAGGAGAAUAUCUUAUUUGGAUGCGAAUAUGACGAAGAAAAGUAUAAGAAUGUUGUUUAUGCCUGUUCUUUGGAGAGCGAUUUAGAAAUCUUACCUGCAGGUGAUAAUACAGAGAUUGGUGAAAGAGGUAUUACAUUAUCAGGUGGCCAAAAGGCAAGAAUUAAUUUAGCAAGGGCUGUUUAUGCUGACAAGGAUAUUGUUUUGUUAGAUGAUGUUUUAUCUGCAGUUGAUGCAAGGGUAGGUAAGCAUAUUAUGAACAAUUGUAUGCUAGGCUUACUUAAAGAUAAAACAAGAAUUUUGGCAACUCAUCAGUUGUCACUAAUUGGUACUGCUGAUAGAAUUGUCUUUUUGAAUGGUGAUGGUACUAUUGAUGUUGGAACGCUUGAAGACUUGAGUGCUAAUAAUGCCGAUUUUAAUAAAUUGAUGGCAUUUAAUAGUCAAACCAAUGAUAGCGAAGAUGAAGACGAAGAAGAGGAAUUAAUCGACGAUGAGGAAAUUAUAGAAAAUGAAAAGGAGUUAAUACAUAGACAGUUAUCUAAAACUCAGACACAUAAAUCGACUGCUAAUGAUGACGAGUCUGUUCAACGUGAUUACAACAAAAAUAAUACCAAAGAUGGUAAAUUAUUUGAAGAAGAGGAAAAGGCUGUGAAUGGUAUAAGUCUUGACGUUUACAAGAACUAUAUAAAGCAUGGUUCAGGAAUCUUCAAAAAUUACGGUAUCGUUCCAAUUGUAAUUUCAGCAGUUAUACUUGCCACAUUUUGCCAGUUGUUCACUAAUACCUGGCUUUCUUUUUGGACUGAAAAAAGAUUCCCUGACAGAUCUGACAGGUUUUAUAUUGGGUUUUAUGUAAUGUUUACUAUCUUGGCUUUUUUGUUUUUAACUCUUGAAUUUGUUCUUUUGGCCUAUAUGACAAACAGAGCUUCCAGGUCUUUAAAUGUUAUUGCUGUGAAUAAAGUAUUGCAUGCACCCAUGUCAUUUAUGGAUACGACUCCUAUGGGAAGAAUCUUGAAUAGAUUCACAAAAGAUACUGAUGUUUUAGAUAAUGAAAUUGGGGAUCAAUUGAGAUUGGUAUUUUUCAUGUUUUCAAAUAUUGUUGGUGUUUUGAUUUUAUGUAUCUGUUAUUUGCCAUGGUUUGCAAUUGCAGUACCGUUUUUGGUUUUCAUCUUCGUCGCAGUGGCUAAUUAUUAUCAAUCAUCGGCUAGAGAAAUUAAAAGAUUAGAAGCAGUUCAGAGAUCUCAUGUAUACAACAACUUCAAUGAAACUUUGAAUGGUAUGAACACUAUUAAAGCAUACAAAGCAGACAAUAGGUUCUUGGAAAAAAAUGAUCGUUUAAUCAAUAAAAUGAAUGAAGCAUAUUACAUUACAAUAGCAAACCAGCGUUGGUUAGCUAUUCAUUUAGACAUCGUUGCGUCGUUAUUCGCGUUGCUUAUUGCAUUAUUGUGUGUUAACAGAAUUUUUAAUAUUAGUGCAUCAUCUGUCGGGUUAUUAUUAUCAUAUGUAUUACAAAUAGCCGGUCAAUUAUCGAUGCUUAUAAGAACUUUCACUCAAGUGGAGAACGAAAUGAAUUCUGUUGAAAGAAUUUGUAAUUAUGCAUAUAACUUACCAGAAGAAGCCCCUUAUUUUAUAACAGAGACUACACCACACCCAGAAUGGCCACAAAAGGGUGGCAUCAAAUUUGACAAGGCAUCUAUGGCGUACAGACCAGGAUUACCGCUCGUAUUGAAAGACUUGAAUUUAGAUAUUAAGCCCGCAGAAAAAGUUGGUAUCUGUGGUAGAACAGGCGCGGGUAAGUCAUCUAUAAUGACCGCUUUAUAUAGAUUAUCUGAGUUGGAAUCAGGAAAAAUUAUGAUCGAUGACGUUGAUAUUUCACGCCUUGGUUUGAAAGAUUUAAGAUCAUGCUUAUCUAUUAUUCCUCAAGACCCAAUAUUAUUCCGAGGUACGAUUCGUACUAAUUUAGAUCCUUUUGAAGAACAUCCAGACGAGAAAUUAUGGGAUGCGUUAAGAAGAUCUGGUUUAAUUGAUGAUUUAAGAAUGGUGAAUAUUCAAAAGCAAGAUAAAGAAAAUGAUGUUUUAAACAAAUUUCAUUUAGAUCAAGGAGUUGAAGAUGAAGGUUCUAAUUUUUCGCUUGGUGAAAGACAAUUGAUUGCAUUUGCCAGAGCAUUAGUCAGAGAUUCUAAAAUUUUAAUUUUAGAUGAAGCCACUUCAUCGGUCGAUUAUGAGACAGAUAGUAAGAUUCAGAGUACGAUUGUUAGAGAAUUUGCUGACUGCACAAUAUUGUGUAUUGCUCAUAGGUUGAAAACAAUUCUUCAUUAUGACAGGAUUUUAGUUUUAGACAGGGGUGAAGUGAAGGAAUUUGAUACUCCAUUGAAUUUAUUCAAUAUGGAAAACAGCAUAUUUCAACAAAUGUGUCAAAGAUCGAAUAUUGUACUUGAUGAUUUCAAUCCUAAGGAACUGGUAAAUAAUAGUUCAAAAUUUCAGAUUCAAAAUAGUUAG